ACCCAAAAUACUCGUAUCCCUCAAGCUACAAUCCGUAUAUUAUAUAUAUCCGCCAUGCUUCCUGUUCGCCAAUUUUUCUUCAUACUUCUGUUAUCUGUAGUAUCAUCCGAAAAAUCUUCUAUAUACGAAGUGCUCAAACAACACGGCCUGCCCAUGGGCUUACUUCCGAAAGGGGUAACAAACUUCACACUGGAAGAAACUUCUGGAAAAUUCGAGGUUCAUUUGGAUCGAUCUUGCAAUUCCAAGUUUGAAAAUGAAUUGCACUACGAUCGGAACAUUUCGGGCAUCUUGCGUUACGGGCAGAUCGAUGGAAUGACCGGGAUUUCUGCGCAGGAUUUGUUCUUAUGGUUUCAGGUUAAGGAAAUUCGAGUCGAUAUUCCGAGCUCAGGGUUGAUUUAUUUUGAUGUGGGUGUCGUUUCUAAGCAAUUGUCGUUGUCUUCUUUUGAAACCUCAAGGGAUUGCUUGGCCGGUCAGGAUCCGGAUCUUCAGAGUGGAAGACAUAUUGUGGACGUGAUCUCCAAGAUUUCAUCUGGGAAGCUCCAAAAAGGGCUCGAUUUUGAUGAUAUUGCAAGAACAACAUUGUAGAUUUUGCAGGAGAAAGGGAAAAAAAGAGUUAAAAUCUUGUUCAGUUUAGUCCUUUGUACCAAACUCAUCUUGUAUGUACCACUGCAGCCAUUCCAGUUCUUCUGUCAUAUUACUCCAUUGCUCGUUUCCAGUUGCCUGCAUUGUGCAGAGUUGCAAACUAGUCAGCCUGCUCCGAUCGUGGAUAUCAUUUGCAGUUAAUUAUAUCGAGAGUCGAGCAUAAGAGAGUAUGGAAGAAAUUGGGAUUAUAUAUAACCAUAUGGCAACAUCAGGUUAUAAAUUUGCCAAUUCCAAAGUUUGAUAUAUGAAUUCAUUAUGAAUAUGGACAUAACCAUGAAUGUUAAUUGAUUCUGUGUUUGUAUAAAUUAUAGAUAUUGAAUUAUACAUGUUGUUGUUGUGGAAAUGAAGACUAAAAUUGUUUUCUUC